AUGGACACAAAUGAUAUAAGACCUGAAGAACAGAUUGAAUCGACACUUGAUAAAGGUGAGUUAGUUACAUAUUAGUUUCAUAUUUAUAAUACUUAGGUAGGUAGGUAGUCAAUUUAACUUAAUUUGAUGUUUUUCAAAUAUAAUAUUUGUGAUGAAAAUAUUAAAUACUUGACUAAGAUUUUAAAAGUUAAUAAUUAUGUAAUAUACUAACUAUGAUAAUUGCCAUUUGAUAAAAAUCAAUUAUAUUUAUGUACAAUUUUAAAUAAAAUUUAUUGUAGGUAGUUGCCAUUCAUUUAAAGGUCAAAUCCAAAUUCCAGAUGGAAUAAUAUUUUUUUCCAAAAAAACUAUUGUUUAACAAAUUAUCUAUGUAGGUAGUAUAAACUAGAUUUUUAGUUUUCAAAUUAUAGUAAUAUUUUGAUAUUUCUUUUUUUUUUUUUACAUAAAUGUUAUUUAUUUUAGUUAUUUGUUGUCUGCUUUUGGGAUAAAUUUACAUGUUUGAAUUAAAAAUAAUUCAUGAGCAAUUUUUUUUUAUUAUUCGUUUGCAUCUUCUUAAAUUAUACUCUCAAUGUAAACUAUCAGUUUUGGAAGGUAUUUAGUAUUUAGACACUAAAAGUUUACGCUAGUGCUAUAAAAUAUUAUAUCUAAGUUUUAAAUAUUUAUACCCAUUAAACCGUACUAUUAAACAUAAUUUAAGUGUUUUUUUUUUUUUUUUUUUUGCAAUUUUAAUUGUUUAGUUUUUUUUUAAAUAUGUUUUAACCAUAAUUCUAGGAAUUCUGUAAAUAAUUAGUUUCUUUCUCUUCUAUCUAUAGAUAAGAAAAGAAACACAUUAUGCAACAUUAUCAUUGUAGGGAUUUUUUUGUAAUCAAACAUUUAACAAUUAUUCAGUUUAUCUACCUAUUUAUAUUAUAUCUGGUACAAAAUAAAAUUCUCACAUUUAUACUUCAUGCAUUUUUGGAUCAACAGAUAUAUCUCUACUGUAUGUUGUAUUACAAAUAAACCCAUUUAUAUCCGUUUUUUAAACAGAUAAGCCCAAUCACAAAAUAAUAUCAAUGUAAUACUGCCAUAGGUAAUAUUGUAACUUAUUAAUAAGUAUUUAACAUUUUAUUUGUUAUAAAUGUAAGUACAAAAUAAAUUAUUCUUUGACAUUCAUUGUUAGAGUUCUAGGAAAAUAAAUUUCGGUAUACCUAUAUUAUUAAAAUAAUAAUUGAACACUUGCAAUUUUUUGAUAAGUAUAAUUAUGUUUUAAGUAUUUAAUAGAUAGGUACAUUGAAAAUUUUUAUUAAUUUUUAUUUGAUUCUAUUAAUAAUAAGAAAUUGUAACAGUUAAUACAAAUUAAUUAAAUACAUAAAAUAACCAAAAAAAAAAAAAUUCAUUAAAGUAUUAUGAAAAAAUUAUUUUAUAAAGUAAGAUUUAGUUUUUAACUUGGAAUUUCUUAAAAUCAAAUAGAAAAUGUCCGGAAUUUUUAUUUAUGUAAUAAUUAUAGGACUAAAAAUGUUAUACAUUUUUAAAUACUGUUGUUAUCUGUGAAACACAUUUUUUGUAAUUAGGUAUUGAAAAUUAAUCUGAAUAAUUUAUUAUUAAGUUUAUAACUAACAUUAUUAUUAACAGUUUUUUUAAAAUAAUUUAAUUAACUUUUGUAUAAAUUUAUAAAAUACAACUUGAUAUUUUUAAUUUUAUUGUAGAAACUUAUUUGUAGGUGUACUGGUUAGAUAAAAAGAUUUAAAAAAUAUUUAUUUAUAUAAAUUAUUUCAUUUGUUAGCAAUGUUAACAAACCCUUCAUCUGUUUCAUUUCACAUAUAUAUUGAUAAGAUUUGGAUUUGGUAUUUUAGAUUAUUGUUUCACAUUGGUCAUUCCCAUUGUGGCUUAAGGCUUUGUUUCUCAUACAGUAUAUAAACAAUAAAUACUAUUAAGCCUAACUAUUUUCAAUCAAUUAUUAUGAAAUAUAUACAUGACCGGUAGGUAUGUAAAAUUUACCAAUCACAUAGAAAUUAGCAGCUGUUACACAAACAUUACUGCAUAAGGUGUAUAUUGAUUCGAUGUAAAUAUUAGGUUAAAAGAGUAUUAAAAAACAAAAACUUAUAAACAAAAUUGAUUUAUAAUCAACAAAUUCAAUAAAAUAUUAUAUAAUUAAAUCAAAUUCAUUAUAUUUGUUGAAGGUUAUUUGGCUUAUUAAUGCUGUAUGAGUAGUACAUAACUUAUAUUAUUUAAAUAAUCAAUCUUUUGAUAUUUCAUUGGGAAUAUAUUAAGUUCCAUAAUAUUGGUUUAAAAUAGAGUAUGAGUAGUAUUUGCAUACAACAAUUUGCUAAUUAUAUUUUUACAUGAUUUUUUUCUAUUUAUGUGAGGUAAUCACCAUUAGAUGGGUAUGUGUUGAUAUAAUAACUAUAUUUGGAGGUUGGUUAUGAAAUUAAUGCUGCGUUAUCAUUAAUAUAACCCAAAUUCAAAACAAUAGCUACCAUUAUGUAAAUAUUAAUAUUUGUUUUUUGAAUUUAUGCGUUUUGAACAAUUUGUUUGGUUGUUUUUUAUUAUCAAAGUGGACUUGAGAUAUUUUUAUUUUUUAAGUUAGUUCUAAAAAAUUUAAAUUGUUUUAAAUUAAACAUUUUUUAAGUUCUAGAUUCAUAUUAGUCAUACAUAAUUCACAUUGUUAAAUAUUUUUUAAAAUGUUGACAUAGUACUUUUGAGGGUCUUUUAGAUGCAAAGUAAGAAAAUUAAUUAUUUUCAAUAGUUGAUUUGUGUUUUCUUUUAUAUUUAUUUAUAUUGUAUGUCUGUAUAUAUUUUAUUUAGAUAGAAAAGGUGCUCUAGUCUUUUCAAACUACACAUUUUCUGGUAUUAAAUUAGUUUGUUUGUACUUAAGAGAAGUAAUUCUUUAUUCAAAAGUUAGUACCUACCUGUAAUUUACAAAAUUUACUAAAACUAAAACAUUUUAAACAAUUAUAAACUUUUCGUCGUAAGUAUAAUAGGGUAUAAAUAUAUAAUUAUAAAGUUUAAAUUUUGCAAGAGCAAUUAUUUUCAUCAAUACUUAUGAUUUCAUUUCAUUUGCAUCAGAAUUAAUAGAAUUUUAAAUUUAAGUUCCUAAUAUAAGGAAGUAAAUGUAAUAUAUUAUAUAAUAGAUACUUAAAAAUUUAAUCAAAAAUGUUAUUCUUGUAGUAAUUAAAAUAUCUUCAAAAUCAUGUUGUUUUAGAUUCUGAGAGUAGUGAGAGGAAUGUAUUGGUUUAACAAUAAUGUUUAUUAUUAUUUUUCAAUUUUUUAACAACUUUUCUACCAGAAAUUUUGCUCUGAUUUUCAAGUGUUGCACUUUUUCUGAAAGGAAAUCUGACUGGGGUGGUAUUAUAAAGGGGGCCAUUUUUUGAUUUUUUUCCUAAGGUUUCUUAAUAAAUGGGAAAAACGAGAAAUUUUACAAAAUGUAUUAUUUUCAAACCGUAAUUAUUACUGCCUUUUAAAACGUUUGUAACCAGAUCUUUGCGUACAGAUACACAUUAAAUUUUUCCUUCAUAUUCCCAACUUCUCACCUAACGUGCGAAAUAUGAACUUUUUUUUUGUCUCCAAUAAUCUUGAAAAUGAAGAUUUUUAUUUAAAAGUGAAUAAAUAUAAGUACCUUUUUUAUAACAUGAGUGAAUCGGAUCACUGAUGUAAACAUAUUUUAACGUUUAGUAGGUACCUACUGAUAUUUUUUUCAAAAAGAACCAAAGCAAGUUUAUGAAUGCAAAUGAUAAGGCUUACAUUUAUGUCUGUUUGCAAAGGAUUGACUACCACUAAUCUCAGUGAGAAAAGAAGACUUCGGACGUUUUUGGAAGAAAAUAUGUAGUAUAAUAUUUGUAGAACACUAAUUUAAUACGGACUAAUUUAUGAUAAUGAAAAGAAAACGUGGAGGAGGCAAUGCUGGGACGUAGGAUGCACGACGAUGAGGAAUAGUGAAGACAUUUUUAAAAAAACUAGAGGAGUCGUGAAUUGGAAACCAAAGGGAAAAAUACCUCAGGGUCUGUGUCGGCUGGAUGUUGUCGAAUGUGUGCGGGGUCCUCGAUUGAUUUGAAACUCGAGAAUGGAGACGAUUAGUCGUGGGAUUCUGUUUUUCGAUCGGUAACCGUUGGGUGUCUGUAAACACGUAUAAAUGAAAUAUUAAAAAUAUCGGUGUUACGUAAUAUAUUCACGUAUUCAUAUUUCAAUACACGCGGGUGGCGAAUCAAUGGGCAAAGAAACGGGGCCAAAAGUCGGUCUCACGCGCGUCGUUUUUCAAGGCUUAACGUUGUAGGGGGAUGGGGGCAACGGACUUGUAAAAGAAUAGCCCGAAACUAUCGAUGAUACGUUGGGUACGUAAGCUUUUCAAUUGUUACGAAAAUAUCAAUCAUUACGCCCCGUCGCACGUUAUAAUAUUGCGCGUGAUGGCCCGAGUAAUAAACUCUGUCGGAGCCUCGUGUAGGUAUCCUUGGAGCAGAACUAUUCUAAUGAAAUUUCGCUUUCCCCCGAACACUUUUCGUUUGGCGUUCGAGCUUCGAGCUUCGUCCCCCGCUCCGGUCACGGUAUAAAAUCAUUUAUGCCAUCCGAAUCGUGAAACGUUCUCAACGGGUCCGUGAUUCGUGUGCGUUUUUUUUACGACGUUAGAUUUUCGAUAACGCGAUCGCGACAUUACAGUUUUGAAGUUAGUAAUAAAAAUACACUUGCCUUUUAUUUUUAAUUUUUUUAUUAAUCGGUAAUAACUAAUAAUAGAAAUAGAUAACUUACAUGUUAUUAUAUUGUAUUGUGCCGGGCUAAGCCUCGGAUAAGUCCGGUAAUUAAAAUAGGUAACUAUACGUAUUGUUUUCUUUUGUGUGUGCGUGUGUGUAUCAAAAAUCCAGUCCUCCGCCGGAAUAAUGAAAAAUUGUUUCUUUUUAAUUUGUAUUUAUUUGUGUAUUAGUGUACUAAUUGUUUUUAACACGCGAUUAUAAAAAAAAAAAUAAGUAUCGGCGUUGUGUGUUGUCAUAUUUUGUAAUAACAAUGCAUAGUUGUGUACAGAGGAACCUGGUUGAAUUAUUAUGGGUUUGACAUUUUAUGAUCCUACUUAUAAAAUAAACGCUACUUCUUAUCUGUUUAACUAGUCUGCGUACUAAACGUUAGUAUUCCGACCAGCACGAUAAUUAUCGUUAUAUUCAAUUUGAACGCUGAUAAUAGGUCGAACGGCACAUUAUUUUAAUAAUUGUCUAGAUUUUCGUGCGUACCACAGUUAUUACACGACUAUGGUUAAUUUCUUUAAGUUUAAGUGUAUCAUUUUUUGUAACAAACGCGCAAAAUGUUCCGGUAAGAUUUAAUACUGUAACGAAUAUUUAGGCAGUACCUCCUGUAUAAUAUCUAAACUAUAUACGUUCCUCACAUAAUAAUAGUAAUAAACUCAGUACUCACAUAGUAUUAAUUUUAUAUUUUUACACCGCAGUUUAAAUAUUGUGUUUUUUCUUUUUUUCGAAAACGUUUGAUAUGAUAGUUCUUUAUGCCUAUUUUAGAAAUCCUACUAAAUUAUAUUUUAGAUAACUUAAGUAAGUAUUUGUGAACAUUAGAAAAUCCUAGAAAAAAAAAAACCAAUUUAAUUGUGUUUUGUAUUGAAUACGUGUGUUACGAAUCAAUGUGUAUUUUUUAGAUAAUAUAUUAUGUUGUUUUUUUUCUAAUACGUUUUAUCAAUGAUUUCGUUUGAUUGUGAUUGUUUUAGAUGUGGCUGCUGCUGAAAAGGAGAUCUCGAUCGCCGAACAAGAUGAUCUCCAAGCCAAAGAAAAAGAGAAGAAACUCGGACACAGGCGAGUGGGAGUCGACGGUGAAAUCACUUACAAAAAAAUUCAAACUGGUCAAAUUAUGGGUUCCAUUCAACUGGGUAUACAGCACGCAGUAGGAGGCCUCGCCUCUAAACCUGAACGCGAUUUGCUUAUGCAAGAUUUUAUGACUGUUGAGACGACCGUAUUCCCUAGUGAUGGCACUAACCAUACUCCAGCUCACCAUUAUCCAGAGUUUAUUUUUAAAACGUAUGCCCCAAUUGCAUUCCGCUAUUUUAGAGAUUUAUUCGGUAUUCAGCCGGACGACUAUCUCAUAUCGUUUUGUAACUCACCUCUCCGAGAGUUGUCUAACCCGGGCGCUAGUGGAUCCAUAUUUUACCUUACCCGAGAUGAUGAAUUCAUCAUGAAAACCGUACAGCACAAGGAAGGUGAAUUUUUACAAAAACUACUUCCCGGUUACUAUAUGAAUUUGAAUCAGAACCCAAGAACUCUGUUGCCAAAAUUUUUCGGUCUUUAUUGUUACCAAUGCAAUUCAAAAAAUAUUAGAUUAGUAGCUAUGAACAAUUUACUACCUUCUAAUAUAAAAAUGCAUCAAAAGUAUGAUCUGAAAGGUUCUACUUACAAGAGGAAAGCUUCCAAAGACGAGAGACAGAAAUCUUCGCCUACAUUUAAAGAUCUUGAUUUCAAGGAACAUCAUCCUGAUGGUAUUUUUUUGGAACCUGAUACCCACUCGGCCCUUCUUAAAACUAUGCAAAGAGAUUGUAGAGUACUAGAGAGUUUUAAAAUUAUGGAUUACAGUCUUUUAGUAGGCGUUCACAAUGUAGAUCUGGCUCAAAGAGAAAAAGAAGAACGACGUAUGGCACGAGUACGCAAGGCUGUUGGAAACGAUACAGAUACAUUAUCAGAAACGUCUACUUUGAGUCGGACUGCUGAAGCUAAUCGACAACGUCUGAUGGCUCAUUCAACGGCAAUGGAAAGUAUUCAAGCAGAUACUGGAACAUCAUCCGAUGAAGAUUGUGCUUCACCCAGAGGUGGCAUACCUGCCAGAAGUGGUAGUGGCGAUAGUCUAUUACUAUUUGUCGGAAUUAUCGAUAUAUUACAAAGUUAUCGACUGAAGAAAAAAUUAGAGCACACAUUCAAAGCCAUCAUUCAUGAUGGUGACACAGUUUCCGUACACAAACCUGAUUUUUAUGCGACGAGAUUUCUGGAGUUUAUGUCCAAGUAUGGAAAUGCAUUAAUACUAGAGUGUUAUGAAUCCUGAUUUUUAAAGUCGAAUCAAACCUAACCGAAAUUUAAAAUAUUUUAUCGAACAUGAACAUUAAAAAAGUUAAAAGGUUAGGUUAGGUUAGGUUAGAAAAAAAUCUACAUUCUUAAACUGCUCAGCUCUGUGAUUUACGAUUAUGAAACCCAAUUAUGUAAAAAAAAAAAAAUAGAAUUUUUCUUUUUCCUAACUAGGCGCUCUGUCCCACUACAGAACAUCAUAUAGGCGACCGUGCAAAAUCUGCAUCAAAUGAUUUUCUAACUAGAUCUAACUGGAUAUUUGGUUUGGUUUGAUUAUUUGCAAUUUUUUAUUCGACACAUCUCAAAUUAAUACUAUUAAUUAAUGAUUUAUCAUAAUACAAAUAUUUUUAUUUUUUUUUGGGCCAGUAGCAUAUAGGCCUGUAUGUAAAUAUACUAAUGAUCCUUUAACUAGAUUCUGUAAAAAAUAUAUAUAGGCUCUGUUAUAUGCAUGUGAUUAUCAGAGAAAUUAAAUUAAAUAUUAUAUUGGAUAACUCAUAAAAUCAUUCCACUAUUUUAUUUAGAUUAUUUUUUAGUUGCCAUUUGAAAUUUAUCAAUGACAAAAAAUCUAUUGCAGUUUAUUAAUUAUAAUUAGACAGUGCCAUUAAUAAUGAAUCAAAUAAUUUUCUAUUAUAUACCUUAGACUUCUCUAAUUGUUACAUCUACAAAUUAAAUUUUUAAAACACUAUCAGAAAUUUUGAAAAUAACAUUGAUAAUAUCAAUCUAUUUAAUAACUCUACUUAUUAAAGUUACCGAAUCAAAUUGUUGUUAGUACUAUUGAGCGUACUAGCAAUACUCAAAUGUUAUUUAUAAAUACGUUAGUAUAGUAAUUAUUUUGAAAGUAGUUAAGAUAUAUUUAUGCAACCUGCUCUAAUUUGUAUUAAUUUAUUUUAGAUCUGUGUUCAAAAAACUUUUGUGUCCUUUGAAACGUUCACCUUCUAAACGUCGUAGCAUGUCGAGAACACGAACACGCGAUCAAAAUGAUCCAGAAGGCACUUUUUCUACAUGUUCAACUCCACCUCCAGCGUUUGAGGAUGCCAUUCGCCGUGACUUCGUGUAUGAUAAACGCUCUAGCAUGAAUCGUUUACGGCGUCCAUCACCAGGGUUGCGCACAGAUGGCCCUUCAGGCUCGUCGCACGCCGGCGAGAGUAAGUCGUCUACAUUGAGUGUGGGAUCGGGCAGCACUACAUCCGGCAUCGGGGGUUCAGCAGGCAGACAUUCUGUGGAGGCCACGUGGACGGAAGGCACACCUAGCUACACGGAGUCAUCGAGCAGUGCUGACAUGGCUUCAGACACCAUACAAAUGGCAGUUUUAGGGAACGACCUUAAAUCUUUAGAAAUGACUCGCUUAUAAAUUAUAGAAUGUUACUUAUUAUAGUCUAAUCGGAAUAGAUUUCAUUAUUGGAUUUAAAUUAAAUUUUAUAAUAUUAGCCCUAUUUAGAUAUUAAAUUGAAACCUGAAUAGUCAGCAUAAUAGCAAGAUUUGAUUGUUAUAAUACAUAUUAGUAUUAAUAAUUUCUUUCAUAUUAUAGUUGAAGAAAAAAAAAUUGGAUAGGAUUUGAACAAUUUUUCUUCCCUAUUGUAGGUUGUACAUUCCGAUGCAUUACUUUAUCAGAAUUAGAACAGUUUAAUAAUAUAAUUAAUAAAAUAUACGACUGCUCCUUUGGCAUCGCGCCAUUAGAUAUUAUUGUUAUGCUGACAUAAGCAUUAAUGUGAUUAAAAAAAACUUGCCAAUUACGAACAAAGAUCUGCUAAAUGAAAAUGUAUAAGUUUCCGAUUGGACUGUCAAAUCUAAUAUGUAUAUAUAUUAUAUUUUAUUAUUUAGUUUAUAUAAUAUAUAUACAUAUAUAGGUAUUUUUUAAUUUUAAUUUUUUUUAUAGCUGCUGAGCCCCUUUUGUUGGAUCUCUUUAUAAAUAAGGCCAAAAACAAAAUAUUAUUAUUAUUAUUAUUAUUAUUAAAUAAAAAAAAAUUUAAACGCUUGUGAAUGUUUAUUUAUAUUUUAUAGUAUAUUAAUAAUAUGUAAUAAGCACCAGCACAACGUUCUCAUUAUUCAAACAUAUAAAAGAAAUUGUUAAAUUUGUAUUAUAUUAAUAUUUAUAUAAUAAUGAUAAAAAAAAAAAUCAAUAUUCUAUAUUAUACUUAUAUUGUUUAUUGUAGAUGAUACUACUUUGGUUGAAAACCGCUUGCAGCGGAUCAAACGCAAUGUGAUGGCUCGUGUAUUUAGGUUAACGCAAACCGAAAAUUAA